UCAUUUGAGUGACAUGGUGAAAACAAAAAUACAGGAAGCUGUUCAUGAAAAGGACUGCUGUAGAGUACACCAAGUAAUCAAUAACUGAAAGUUAUGUUUUUCCUCUCACACACAGGACAAUGACCAAACCAGAUAAACAUUUGAGCCUUAAGUUGACACAGCUGAUAAAACAGAAGCAGCUCAUUGGUCUCUAAUCCUAUUUAAAAAUUAACCAUAAAUACUGGACGUAAUAGGACAGAAAGAGUGCAAUGAACUUAUUUCUCACCUUUAGGUUUCUCUUUUUGAGAAAUUCUCUGGAAGGCAUUCAUUACAACACAGCCUCUGAAGGCCUCCCCAGCCACUGAGCAGCUUCUCUGAGGUGGCUGGGGUUAAGAACCUUGCUGAAGGGCACCUCGUGCUGAUGGUGAGGGAGAUUUAACCAGCCGGUUUGGAGGUUGAACCAGCGACCUUUCAGUCACAACCUUUUUUUCUCUAACCUGGAAGCCCCCAAAGGCCUCUUUAACUGGCCCAAUGAUGUAACAGUCUUGUGUAAGAGACAGGGCAGGUUGAUUGUACAGCUAUCUGAAGAACUCACAGAACUACCUGUGCAUCACUUGUUCAAACAUUGCAGCAUGAAUGUCAAAGGAUAAGAGUCUUACAACAUUUACCCUUUAAAAUAACAUUGGCAAUGAUCACAGAGUGAUCUGUUUCCAUCUCCUACACCAUGCUACUGUCACUCCAGUGGUUUUGGCUAGUCCUUCUGCUGCAUAUGAUUGGAGGGUUGGAGGCUCAGUUUCCACGUCCCUGUACAACACCAGAGGCUCUGCAGACCAGGAUGUGUUGUCCCCUCUGGAACGGUUCUCCUUGUGGGUUUAGUUUGGGGAGAGGAGUCUGUGCGCCACAUGCUGCAAGAGACCUCCCGGAACCAGUGGACUACAGGAUAAACUGGCCUCGUGCUUUCUACAAUUCAGUGUGUUCAUGCUGGGGAAACUAUGAUGGAUUUGACUGUGGCCAGUGCCUCCCAGGUUGGAGAGGACCCCAUUGUCUACAAAGGCACCAUGUGGAGAGGAAGGAGAUAACAGAUCUGACAGAUUCUGAGAGGGAAACCUUCCUGUCAAGUCUGCACCAAGCAAAACAGAGCACCAGCAGCCGGUAUAUGAUCCUUACAAGCAAUGACACAACAGUGAAUGGGAAUUAUGCAUUUCACAGCGCAAGUGUUUAUGAUCUGUAUGUAUGGAUGCACUACUACUCAGCUAAGAGGUACGCUGGUUCUGAAAAUAAUGCUGCACACCGGGGCCCUGCUUUUCUCUUCUGGCACCGAGUGUUCCUACUCUUUAUUGAGAGAGAGAUCAGGGAGCUCACUGGUAAUCAAGAUUUCUACAUCCCAUACUGGGACUGGACCAGAACCAACCAUUGCAACAUCUGCACCAACCAGUACUUUGGGGGAGUUGGUCAAGAUGGUCGUAUAGAUGGCGCUUCCCUUUUCUCAAAGUGGAAGACCAUAUGUCCAUUUCAGGAAAGUCUUGGUAUAAUCUGCAUUCACUCUGGUGACUCUGAUCCUGCACAUCUGACCCGCAACCCUGGAAAGGAUCCGAUAUACAAAACACUGCCAACUUCUGAGGAUGUUGAAGAAACAAUGGCAAGAUCACUUUUUGACACCUCGCCAUUUGACAUAACAUCUAGGAACAGCUUCAGGAACACACUAGAAGGUUUUGAGAUUCCAGACGAUUCCCGACACCUGAAUGCUUCAAUGCACAACCUGGUCCACAGAUACUUCAAUGGCACCAUGUCUCUGGUACCCACUGCAGCCAAUGACCCCAUAUUCAUGCUGCAUCACAGCUUUGUUGAUAAGCUUCUUGACAGGUGGCUGCAGGACCACAGUGAAGCAACCUACCCUGACAGUGACCAGGUCCAUCCUGCCCAAAGAGCGCAGGCCUACAUGGCCCCCUUCUUCCCCCUACGCCCCAACAACUACUACCGGGGCAGGAGCACCCAGAGCCUGGGUUAUAGCUACAAGGAUCACAGUCUCCAUUGCUCUGAAGCUGGGAACAAUGCAUCAAGACACAUUGAAGAGAUAUCUACAGCCAGUGGGGUCCAGUGGCAGUGGCCUGUUCUGGGCAUAUUCAUUGUUGCUUUGCUCUGUGUGAGUGUUGGAGCUGCUGUUAAAUGCAAAGACAAAAUACAGCAAAGACAAGAUACUGAGACAGAGAAACAGACAGAGUCUGAUUACAGGUCCAACUCUCUGUAUGCAGUCUGGAUGAAAGAGAGGAGUGGAAACACUGACAACUCAUCGGCAGUACAUGUUGCCUCAUGUGGGGCCCAUUCCCAAGACGCAGCAUGUAGAGACGCAGUGUGGAGUCAACUGUAAAUGUGGAAAUACACCUUUAGAUUCAAGGGA